AUGAAAACUUUCAAGUUUAACUUAGUUCUAGUUACUUAUUUAUUGACAAUAUUUAAAGUGAGCCUUCUUGAAACUGUUCAUUUCACAAAUUCACCAAAUAAAAUUCUUCAUGCUAAUAAUUACACAACGUACAAAGUUGCAGUUCCUAAUGGUGAAUCAAUCACAAUAAUCGAAGCUAACACGCCACUCAUCAAUAAGAAAAUUCGAUUUAAUGAAGUAGAAAAUACUAAAUACUCGAUAAACCAUAACAGAGACAUCAGAAAAAAUGUGAUGGAUCUAAAAACUUCAUUAAGCAUGACUGUUACCCCAAAUAAUAACAACAAUGAUGAGUACAGAAGCUUACAGCCUUCGAAUGAAGAAGAAAGUGUUACAAAUGAUUAUGGCAAUUUGUCACCCGAGCAAAACAUUCAUCAAAAUACCAUGAAGACGGUUUAUUCACCUGCACUAUUGGAGAAAUUUCUAAAAGAUUAUGCAAAUAAAAUAAGAUCGACUGAAAGGCCAAUUACUGAAUUGACAACUGCUUCAUAUGAAGAAAUUAAGCCGUUCAAGGAUGUGAUUAAUGACAAAAAUGAUUCGUUAGAAAGCCAAGAUGAUGGUGGAAAUAGAAGAGUUAGUGUUGAAGAAGACGAAACUCAAUCUGAUGAUGUUCAAGAGAGAAAGCGAUAUCGUCCAGGAAAUGAAAACUAUCAGCAACAUCCUUACAAUAAGAAGAAUGGAUGGGUGACACUUGAAGCAAUUCCAUGGAGUAAAAGUAAAGUUAGCAAGUGGCAGAGUUCAGUGAAACCUUAUCAAAAUAAUUAUCGACCAACACGACCGCCACCAUAUAAUUAUGAAGAAGAUUACAACAGUAAUGACAAUGAAGAUCACUUUUACAGUCAUAAACCUCAACGUCCAAGUUAUCAAAAUAAUCAAUAUUAUGGCGGACAAUCUUCAUCCUACCCAAACCGACCAGAUCAAACUUUCUCGCAGUCAUCACAUCACAAUAAUUAUGAUAACGAUUAUCGACCAAAUCGACCUUAUCAACCUGAAAUUAUAACCGAUAAUCGACCAUCAAACUUCCCAACACAUCAUGAGACGUCUCAUCAUCAAAACGAGUACGGUUAUAACCGUCCGAAUAAUUAUGAUCGGCCAAGUCGUCCACCGAGCGAUUAUCAUUAUUCAAGUAGUCAAAACUACAAUCAUUAUUCUAAUAAAGACGACAGUGCCCAUCCAUCGACCUACCCAAGUAGCGGUGUUGAUGGUGAAUGGGUUCUCAUAUCAACAACGAAAGGUUAUCAAUUUCCCAAAAGAAACGGUCAACGUGCAAUGAUGUUUAAAGCUCAAAACAGUGCCGGUAGCACAGAAACAAUGAAGAAUGAAGAUAACGGAAUCAUUUCGUCUGGUUCUCAUCAAUAUAACAAUUUUGUAUCACUUCGACCAUCACAAAUUGCUCCAACGAAAAUGACACAACAACAAGUCAAACUCAAUGUUCUUCCACUUUUCCAAAGUUCAACUUAUAAUAAGAAAAGUCCUAAUCAGAUGGAAUUAAAUCUGUACAAACCAAAUACUAACUAUGGUGGACUUAUCGAAACAGAACCAUCAACUCAGACAGUAGAAGAAAGUGCUGCAGCAGCGGGAUACGGUAAUGAACUGAAUUCAGUCACGACCGUUGCACAAAAUUCACCAAAGAAAAAGCGAAAGCCGAACAAAAAAAAUUACGCGCUAAUGCGUCAGAAUAAUGGCGACGGUGACAGCACAGCUGUGUUAGCAGCGGUUAGUGCUGGUUUAUUACCCGCAUCACUCGGAUUACUUGCACCGAUAGUUCUUGGGUAA